CUCCAAUAGUCGUUUGUUCUAUGAUGACAACAGAUCAUCGCGAAAUUGAAUCCCCCUUCGCCUGACAGAUGGGUUUCCAUGUUUUUGAUUGUCUCCUAGAUCAUUCGACCGAUUUCUUCAGUGAAUGGGAUGCGGAGUGAAAUGAAAGGUUGGCCGCAUGCUUGAUUGAGACUUUUACUCAAGGUGGAGUUUGACUUUGAAAUCGAAUUAAAAAGAUGGGGCUCAAGGAGGAAAUGAGAUUGGAGUUAACCAGGCAGAGUGUUGGUCUGUGGCUUGCGAGCCAUCUCUGUAUCUGGUAGUUGGUUUUUGCUUUAAGCGAUUGUUUUGCUGGUGGGAGGAACAGGAUCUGGGCGAUCCAAAUUCUCGAUUAUUUAUUGUGGGUCUUUGUGGGUCUCCAUGGUUCUUUAGUUUGAUGUAACGAACAAUGUUUCUUCGUUAGUCUUGUUUGAUGGGUUUGAAGAAAUCGGGCGUUUGGAGCCAUCAAAUUAGUCCUCCUCCUGUGCAGGAGUGGGAGGAAAUUAAGAACGUCUUUUGUUACAAGAUCUUUUAGGGUUUUAUUUCAUCGAGGAAUUGCAGGAAUCGAGAGGGGGAAGAAUGGACGAAGAGGCUAAUUCUUGGCUUAGGAGAACCAAGUUUUCGCACACAGUUUAUCAUCGAUGGGACUCAUUAAGAUUGAACCCUGUUCCUUUCAUCGUCGAACCACCACCUCGGAAUUACGGCUUGAAAUCGAGGCCUCAAUCAGCUUCAUCCGCCCAGAAACCAAAUCCUGAUAUCUCAAAGAUUCAGCGAAAUUUCAUAGCCAACAAACAGCGGUCUCUGUCUCCUCUUCCCGAGAGCAACCUCUCUGAAGUUUUCAAGGAAGCAAAAUCCGCCAGUAAGAGAUUCUCGACUCCAACGCCUCGACUUAGAGAACGAACUAGAGAAUUCAAGAACAAGCUAUUCAAUAAGGACCCGCAAGAUUCAAAAUCGUCCACUUCCAAGACAUCGUCGAAUACCAGUCCCCUGAAACUCCUAGCUUCGUCCAAAGGAGGUGAAAAGUCAAAGUUCCGGAAGGACUCUUCCUGGACCAAAUAUUUCGAUUCCGGUGGCGGAAAAGUCACAGCGGUCGAAACCGCUGACGACUGGAGCGUUGAUCUAUCCAAGCUGUUUGUUGGGUUAAGGUUCGCUCAUGGAGCUCACAGUCGUCUUUAUCAUGGAAAAUACAACGAUGAACCUGUUGCUGUUAAACUCAUUAGAGUGCCUGAGGACGACGAUAGUGGAGCGCUUGCUUCUCGAUUGGAGAAGCAAUUCACCAGAGAAGUAACCCUUUUAUCUCGUCUCCACCAUCCUAAUGUUUUAAAGUUUGUAGCUGCGUGUAGGAACCCGCCAGUUUACUGUGUCAUUACUGAAUAUUUGUCUCAAGGAUCAUUAAGGGCGUACUUGCUCAAACUCGAGCGCCAAUCUCUCCCUUUGCAGAAACUAAUUGAGUUCUCUUUAGAUGUGGCUCGUGGCAUGGAAUACAUUCAUUCCCAAGGCAUAAUCCAUCGGGAUCUCAAGCCUGAGAAUGUUCUUAUUGAUGAGGACUUCCACCUGAAAAUUGCAGAUUUUGGGAUAGCUUGUCCUGAGGCCUUUUUUGACCCAUUAGCCGAUGAUCCCGGAACGUAUCGAUGGAUGGCACCGGAGAUGAUCAAACAUAAACCCUAUGGUCGAAAAGUUGAUGUAUACAGCUUUGGGCUCAUGUUGUGGGAAAUGGUGUCUGGUGCAAUUCCUUACGAGGAUAUGACUCCCAUUCAAGCAGCCUUUGCUGUUGUCAAUAAGAAUCUGAGGCCUGUUAUCUCGAGCGACUGCCCGUUGGCAAUGCGAGCUUUGAUCGAGCAAUGUUGGUCUGUGCAACCAGACAAGAGACCUGAUUUCUGGCAGAUUGUGAAGGUAUUAGAGCAAUUCGAAGCUUCGCUUGCCCGUGAUGGGACACUGAGUUUAACGGGGAACCCGCGGUCGAGUUUCCAAGACCAUAAGAAAGGGCUGCUCCAUUGGAUUCAAAAGCUUGGCCCUGGCCCCCUGCAUCCUGAAACCUCAUCCUCCUCGCCCGUGCCGAAACCGAAAUUCUCGUAACUCCAUUGCUCUCCAUGUUAUGUCCCAACUUUCUUAGUUACCUAGCCAAGUUUUUGUUUUUGUAAUUAAAAACUAAACGCUGUUCAUUUCCCAUUUUUUGGCUCUUGUUUAUGAAGAACUUGUGUAUCUUUAGUUUCA